CAAAGAAACCAAAUUGGUUUAUACUAGCUGGUAAAAACCAUAAUGGAUACUGGAUUUGGAGAUCAAUUUGGUUUACUCUAGAUCUAGGUCGUUAAAACGUCAUUGGACGUAAGGGUUUGUUUGUCUGGGUCAUAGGGUGGUCAUUGAAAGAAUGAAGCUUGUGAGGUUUCUUAUGAAACUGUCCCAUGAGACUGUAACCAUAGAACUGAAAAAUGGCACUCAAGUUCAUGGAAGCAUUGCUGGCGUUGAUGUGUCUAUGAACACGCACUUGCGGUCCGUAACACUGACGCUUAAGAAUCGGGAUGCAAUACACCUAGACACAUUAACUGUCCGUGGAAAUAAUAUACGGUAUUUCAUCCUGCCAGAAAGUCUUCCCUUGGACACGCUUCUGAUUGACGAAGGGCCACCGAAAAGAAAACCUGGACGUGAAGAGCGUCCUGUCACUCGCGGCCGUGGUCGAGGUCUUGUUCGUGGUCGUGGGCGUGGAGGUCCUCGGGGUCGUGGUCGCGGUCCACCAAUGCGCUUCUAAUAUAUGUAUAUGUACAGUAUAUUUAUUAUUAUUUUAUUGUUAUUAUCUUAUUAUUAUUAAUAAUAAUAUUAAUAGUAAAUAAUAAUAAUAUGUGUGUAUGUACAGUAUAUUUAUGCUUUCGAAUAUUCCAGACUACGUUUGUUUUUUAAAAUAAAACCUUGUAUAAAUGA